UAAUAUUAUGAUACAUUAUACACAUGUAUAUAUAUACACAUGUAGAAACAUGUUUGCAAUGUUCGUAUAGAUGUAUACAAAUAAUAUGUAACUUUUACAACAGUUAAAGAUCAGGGUCAAUCAAUUUUAGAAUUAUGAAUUUUGAAUAUGAUCCUAUAUCAUUGGCUCAGUAUGCAAAGUUUUGUAAUUGUAAUUCGCAAGAUUGUAGUUGUGGAGAAAAUAAUGUACAUGAAUGGGCAUGGGACAAGGAAAAUGCUACAUAUACUAUAAUUUUAUCAAAAAAUGAUUUAGAAGUUAAAUUUCAUAAUGGAUAUAGUUAUGGUACAGCAGCUGUGAGAGGUAACAAAAUAUUAGAAAAAGGAAAGUAUCAUUAUUGGGAAAUUAAAAUGCUCACACCUGUUUAUGGAACAGAUAUUAUGGUCGGAGUUGGAACAAAUAAAGUGGAUUUAAAUAAUACAAAACAUGUUUUUUGCUCAUUUCUUGGACUUGAUAGAGAAUCUUUUGGUUUUUCUUAUCAAGGAUAUAUACAACAUGGUGGUGAAAAACGUAAAUAUGGUCCUUGUUUUGGGCAAGGUAGUUUAGUGGGUAUAUAUUUGGAUACUUGGAGAGGCACUUUAGAAUUUUUCCUUAAUAGAAAAUCAUUAGGUAUUGCUUUUACUGGAUUAAGAGAUUUUAUGUUGUAUCCUAUGGUAUGUUCCACAGCUGCGCAAAGUAAGAUGAGAUUGACUUAUAGUUGUUCUGUACCAGUAUCUUUACAAGUAACUUGUUUAUCUGUAUUAAAAUCAUCGCAUAGAGCAUAUUUAUCAACUAUGUUUCCUGGAUUACGAUAUCUUACUCAAAGCAUCUUUGCCGAUAUAUUAAAAAAUGAUUCAAAUAGCGAUGAUGAAAAUGAGACAGAUGAAUUAGAAUUAUAUGAAACAGAUUAUAUGAUUCUAGAUGACUUUGAUUUUGCAUUAGUGGGUAUGAGUCGAAAAAAGAAGAAAAAAUGUACACAUGAUUAUUCUUUCGGACAAGACUUAAAUAGUUUGUAAAAUCUUAUAAUUAUUAGACAAUAGUAUUGUAAAUAUUUGAAUGAAAGGAAAAUUAGAAUUAAAGUUUUUACAUGA